AGCCAAUCGAGCCGCAGAAAAGACAUCUAGAUGAUGUCAAGGGACCGGCAAAUAAAUUUCUCAAAAUGUUUGCGGCAAUGCUGUCAUCUCGUCACAUCCAGCUGGUGUCGUGUCGGCUGAUGUCGGGUCAGACGCAGCCCCCACCGCCGGCCUCGAAGGGCGCGGCGUCACCGCCGCCCGCUGACGACACCCCCGUUGGGCCUGGAGCGAGCAAGGCGGGCACCUACAAGAACCCUGAGUACUACCGGUAUAACCCAAUGUCCUACUUUGACCUCGAGCUGGACAUGAAGAAGGACAGGCUGCCGCAGCCCAACAGCCGAAAAUGAGCCGGACGUUGGCAGGGACGACGGGGGCCGUGCGAUCUGUUGGUGUAGCUUCGUGCAUGUGUGUACAUAGAUGACCGUAAAUAUAUUGGUGCGGAUAUUG